AUGAACCGUUUUCAAAUAAUGGUGAUGAUAACAGCAAAGCACCCACUGGACCGGGUAUUGUCGAAGAAUGCUGUCAUCGGUGGUGUAGUUACGAACAACUUGAGCAGUAUUGCAAACCACCGUCUAAUUAAUAAUAUUUAUUUUAUUGAUUCAACAAAAUCCAAACUAUGUGAAGCUAUAAAAAAUACUAAGAUGUGUUUAUUGAGAGCUGCAAUGAAAUUUAGCAAUAAUAAACUGGUAUUUAUUAUUAGCAACAAACAGAAUACAAAGUACAGCAGCGCUCAUCGUUUAAAAGUAUUUAUUAUUGAAUUGUCAAACGCAAAUAUCAUUUGCAGUCUGGUUGACUGGUAUAAUCAAAGGAAAAUAAGAAGAAACAGUUGUCAAGAGAAAGUCGUUGAGAAUGAGGAAAUCAAACUCGAUUUUAUUAAAUAUAUCGCACUGAUCUCGCUGUUUUUCACCGCAAGUGUGAUGUUUAUUAUUUGUAAAUAA